AUGGGAACAGCAAAGAACUGGGCUUAUUCCGAGAGAAUAGCCUACUAUUCUCUACUAAAGACAUCUUCUUCAAAUGAACAGAGUGAAGAUUUUCUCAAAGAAGCAAAAAGUAACUUGAUAUUUGCUUUGAGAGAUUCUGCAUGUUGUUAUAGAUUUAGUCCUGAGAAACUCCUGGCAAGAAUCAGGCAUCGAAUAACAUACUACAACUGUGGACAAUCUGGAGGAAUGAAUGCCAAAAUACUGAAAUCAUGGGAAGCCACAGUCAGGCAUCUGGGACAAGAUCUAAUAAGGCAGUGGAAAUCAAAAGUACAAGACUACCAAGGGAAUCGCAUCCCUGUUCGAGGGGUAACGUCCGUCCACGUCGAGUAUGGACCAUACAAGAAAACUCUGCCCAUCACCAUAGUCGAUGGGACCCUGCCAAGCUUGUUGGGACUGGACUGGUUCCGAGCAUUGGGCAUGGGAGUGACUGGAAUCUUCAGAAACGAAGUCAACCUCAAAGACGCACUCAUGAAGGAAUUUGGGGACGUUUUCAGAGACUGCCUGGGCAAGUACACGGGGACCCCUAUUUCGUUUAACUUAGACCCACAAGUUGCCCCUAUUCGUUUAAAGGCUAGGAGGGUCCCGUUCGCCCUAAAGCCCAGGAUUGACCGGGAACUGGAUAAACUAGUAAACCAGGGAAUUCUAGUGCCAGUUGACCAUGCUAAGUGGGAGACCCCUAUAGUCACCCCAGUCAAACCGGACGGGUCGGUCCGGAUUUGCGCUGACUAUAAGGCAACGCUUAACAAAGCGUUGCAAAAGAGUGCUUACCCCGUCCCGGUGGUACAGCACUUACUGCACUCAAUGGGGCAAGGGCAGGUUUUUGCCAAGCUAGACUUGACCCAAGCCUAUCAACAGCUGCCUGUAGAUAACAGCACAGCCGAAGCGCAGACAAUUGUGACUCACAGAGGGGUUUUUAAGUGUACCCGGUUACAGUUUGGGGUUAGUGUGGCUCCAGGGUUAUUUCAGAACCUAAUGGAGCGUCUAUUGCAGGGACUACCAGGGGUGGUACCAUAUUUUGACGAUGUACUGGUAUCCGCUGAGAACCUAGAGGAAUUAGGGGUAAGGCUGCGAAAAGUUUUGGGCAUUUUCCGAUCUGCCGGUCUCAAAGUUAAACUGAACAAAUGCCAGAUCGGGGUUGAAUCUGUGGAAUUCCUGGGCUACCGGAUAGACAGGGAAGGGAUUCACCCCACUGAAAGCAAGGUACGGGCCAUCAGGAAGGCCCCGGUCCCAAAGAACAAAACGGAGUUGCAGGCAUUCUUAGGUCUGGUCAAUUUCUACGUGGUAUUCUUAAGAAAUAAGGCAACAGUAGCCGAGCCGCUUCAUAAACUACUAGCAAAGACGGCUGCAUGGUCUUGGGGAAAGGCGGAAGCUAGGGCAUUCGAAGGGGUAAAGAAUCUCUUAUCGAGUGAUAGCCUCCUUAUCCAAUACAAUGGCACGCUGCCAUUAGUGUUAAGCUGCGAUGCAUCUCCCUAUGGGGUGGGGGCUGUGCUCAGCCACAGGUUGCCAAAUGGCACAGAAGCCCCUAUUGCAUACUACUCCCGAACCAUGUCAUCAGCUGAAAGGAAUUAUAGCCAGCUUGAUAAGGAAGCCUUGGCUAUAGUCUCCGGAGUAAAGAAAUUCCAUAAAUAUGUAUUUGGUCGUGAUUUCGAAAUCAUCACGGACCAUAGACCUUUGCUAGGCCUGUUGGCAGGCGACCGCCCAACGCCCGUGGCACUUUCGCCCAGACUGACCAGAUGGACUAUCUUUCUAGCGGCGUAUUCUUACAAACUACUACACCGGCCAGGAAAGGAUUUAGGGCACGCAGAUGCACUGAGCAGAUGCCCGUUACCAGAGACUAUCGAAGACCCCACUCCGGGGACACCAGUUCUGCUAAUUGACUCUUUGGACUCUGGCCCAGUCACAUCCAAAGAGGUGGCUCGGGCUUCGUACAAGGACAUUACAAUAAGGACUGUAAUUGGUUGGGUACAAAGAGGUUGGCCCGCUGCGCCGGGCGAGCGUUUUAAAGAAUUUGUAAAAAAACGUGGGGAACUCUCAGCUCAAGGGGGGUGCCUGCUAUGGGGGGAUCGAGUGGUGAUCCCGGAGAAAUUGAGGGAAAAGGUAUUGGAGCUCCUUCACGAAGGCCACCCAGGGAUCGUGAGAAUGAAGGGUCUAGCGAGAAGCUAUGUGUGGUGGCCCUUAAUGGACACGGAAAUUGCUGAAAACCUAGUGUGGGCACACAACUACAGCGAGGGCCCGACCUGGUUAGCAGGAAAAAUCCUAGAGAUAACAGGACCAAAAUCAUAUCUAGUAGAGAUAGAGGAUGGCCGGGUAUGGGAGCGCCACAUA